AUGACAUGGAGGCAAUGGUUGAAUAGCGCAUUGAAGCGUAGUUAUGGCAUUUUUGGUGAAGGUGUUGAAUACUCGUUCCUGCAUGUUGACAAUAAGGUAGCCUAUAUUAGAGUAAACUAUGCGGAUAAAGAUACACUCGCGUCAUCCAUUAGUACAUACAUAUCUACCGAAGAGCUUAUCGGCGCACCUUUGGCAGUGACUAUCCUACAAGAGUCACCCAAUUUGGAACGGUUAGAAAUUACCGACGAUGACCGUAUAUGGUUGAAAAGAGCAGUAGAGGAGGACAAGGWAGACGGUGCAUGUAUAUAG